UGUGAAUGCUGGAGAAACGGGAUGCAGGUGGAGACUGAUGAUAAUGAUGAUGAUGUGGGGAAGGGGAUGGAGGAUGGAGGAGGUGGAGGACCAUACCCGAUCCGAUUUCCUUUCGUGCGUGCAAAAUCUGUAACCCAGCGCUGACUGUCGUUGUUCGUGGAGGUCGCGGGAUUGUCGAUAGCGUCGGAUUGGUUCAGUUUGGAGUAAAGAAAACCGCAUCGUGUCGCUGUGGGAUUCGGGUUUGAGCGCAGGGAUGCAGUGCUCCUAAGCGCUUAUUAUGCAGGCUAUACGAGGGAGUGCAUGCACAGCGCUGCACAAGGCUUCGUCAAAAUAUCAGCGAGCUAAAAGCUCACCAUGGUGGAUCCGCUGGAACCCGAGGACCAGAAUAAGAUCAGAUGUCCAUAUUUUGAGACCCCGGCUGCAGCAUCUGAAGUCCCCUGUCUACCUGAACAGGAUGAGGAUGGGAAAAAGGAAAAGACUACUCCUGACUCUCCAGAACAAGAAACUAGUGUUGAGCCUGAACAGAGCCCUCAAGGUAGCCAGUUACAGAACAGUGAAACUGAACAGCCGAAGCUACAUCUAGACCUUUAUAACUUUGAUUCCCCAGUUGCAGAAGGCAGCCGUUAUGUGCUGACCAGCCCUCGUUCACUCGAGGCAUGCGCACGAUGUGGAGUCAAACCAGUGGAACUUUUGCCCCGACCGCUGUCUGAUUUUGCACGUGAGGCACCCGGCCAUAGCAUGCGUGUAGCCACAGGGAUGUUUGAAGUGUAUGAAAAGGACAGACAUGCUAAACUCAGACAGUGCAGAGACGAACGAGAAAGAAUAAUUCAAGAGGAGAAAAGAAAGGCCCUUCAGUCAGCACUAAACAGCAGCAGCAGAUCACAGGAAUUCGAGAACCCUCAAGAUACAAACGGCACUGGAGCAACUAAGCAGAGCAUCACCAAAAAGUCACCUGCUAGCAGGGGUCCAUCAAAACAACAUACUACACCAGUGUCACAGUCUGUCUCAAAAACUAUACCUCAAUCUUCGGAACAAUUAACAAAAACAUCCCCUUCGUCUACUAAAACGAUUUCAGCUCAGUCCUUAACAGCAAGUCCAGUGAGCACUGGGCAUUCUGUUAGAGGGACAUCUGUAAAACAGUCUAAAUUACUUUCUGCUGAGUCUGCUGAAAAAACUCAAGGAUCCAUAUCUCAAAAAUCAGUUACAUCAACACCAGGAGCAGCAGUGUCCAAAAAACCACCUAGUACCCUGUUGAGAUCUGCAAACACAUUCCCCAGGUCAACACCAAAGCCUUCAGCUUUUCCAAGGAUGUCAUCAUCUCUUGCGCCAGUUGUAUCAAAGUCGGCAGCACAGAGCCCUGCCAAUGGCAUCACUAGUCCAUUUACACAGCACAAUGGGCACUUUAUGUCCAUGUCAAAAUCCAGAGAGAGAAGCCAUUCUUUAGAAUCCUUACAAAGAAGAAGGGAAGUGGUUAGCUCUUCUAAUACUUCAACCACUACCACAACAGCAACAACAACCACAUGUGCCUCUUCAGAGUCAGCUUCCUCCUCUUACAGCUGGGAAGGGGCAAGGGAUCACUGGGGUAAGACCUCUAGUCCUCGUGCUCGUACCUUAGCUACCUUUAACUCUCUGAUGGGCCGGAGCUUAAGUUUGGGAGAUCUGAGUCACUCUCCGCAGACUACACAGAAAGUAGAGCGCAUUGUAAAAGAGGUAAAGCGUCGAGGCUUGAUGGCUGUACCAGAACGUGACCGUAAGAUUGCAGCGUUAAUGCUAGCCAGGCACCAAGAAGAAGAUAUCAUGAGUCAGACACGCUAUGUUGCACAUUUGCAGUGGGACAGUGAACGCAGGUUAGAGGAACUACGGCGUGAACGUGAAGACCGGGAUAAACAGCGAGCAGUGCUUCAGUGCCAGAGAGCGUGGCAGUCGCAGGUAUCCACCAGGCAGCGGAGACUCAGCCAGCAGGAACGGGAUGCAGCAGCAGCCAAGUUACGCCGGGUGGCUGAAAGCGAGGAGCGCUGGAAGGAGUUAGCUGAGCAGCAAGAGCGAAGCAGGUUGCAAAAGCUUCAGCAGGCUGCUCGUGAGGAGAAGCUGAAGAAGGCUAUGCAGGAGCAGAACCUAAAAAUGUUGGAAGAAGAGCGGGCUGCUUUGCUUGAGCAUGAGAAGGUGCUCAUCAAAGAGAAGCUAACUAUUGCAGAGUUGAAGAGGCAGGAGCGAGAGCACCAGAUGCUGGAGGAGCUUCGUGGCCUAAAUCGUGCCGAAAAGCGGCGGCAUACAGCACUCAUCCAGGAGAUUGAGCGCCGCGAAGCAGACGAGCGAGAGGAAGCACGGCGGACAGCCACUGAGAAGCUGAGCCGUUCACAGGAGAACUAUGAGCAGAUACAAGAACGACGUGGGCAAGAGCUGCGGGAGAAAGCAAAGCGUGAAGAACAGCAGAUCCAGAAAGCGAGGAAGGCUGCUGAGCAGCGCGAGCGGCAACUAAAAGAGCAGAUGGAGACACGGGCGAGGGAAGCCAUAAAGCGUGCACAGCAGGCCGCCAUGGUAGCAGAGGAGAGGGCUCGAGAAAAGGCCCAGCGUGCUGCCCAGAGCAGACAGGAAAAAGAGCGGCUUCAGAGACUGAAUCGUCAGAAAGUGGAGGAGGAGGAGAAGCAGAGGCGUCUGGAGUUGCUGCAAUCAAUAGAGCGCAAGCUAGAGAAAAGUGAACAGAUAUUCCGUGAAAAACGUGCUGUGUUAGAAAGUGCCCGCUCAGUCGCACGUGCCUCCUUCCAUGUCCGGGACCGCGUGCGAGAAGAGACCAACAUGCGCACCUUUGACAAAAUGGUUCUGGAAGCACAGUUAAAGGCUAGUUUGGAUGAAAAGUGAGAUGUUUACUCUCUACUCUCUAUUUCCCGACUACUGGAAAUGAGCUGCUUGAGCCUCCAUAGCAGCUUCAUCACAGAACUGGACCCACAGCUUUGCUCAUCACAGAAUCAUGUUUCUUUUUCAACUCUUGAGCCAUUUGUCAUGAACAAAAUACAUUCGUUUUAGUUUUGUCACUGGUGGUUGUGUGUGGAUGAGUCGCUUGCAAUGGUAUGCCUGUUUUGUAACAUGGCAAAUAGUCAAACUUAUCCGAAGACUGUUCAUAAAGAGUCUGUUGUUUACUAGUUACUACAAGUCACCAUUUCAUCACUGAUGACUUAUUUUCGUUAGACCCGAACAAAAGAGAGUGCAGAGUGCUUCAUGAGACAGAACGGGGUGCAUGAUUUUUGGUAGAAGUCCCAACCUUACACCUGCUGACAAUAAACGAGGACUUGCCUACGUGUGAUAGACAACGCUGAGGCAGGGUUUACAUGAGGACGUGGCAAAGAGUGAUCUCAGCAGAGUUCAGCUGCUGAUGAAGCAGUGAAGUGUUGGUUCAGCAUCAGGAUACAUGAACCUGCGCUGACAUUCUGCAUUCUCUCACAGUCAGGUCAUAUGUUUAUGUAGGUCUGGAGAUGAUGAAGAUGAAGUAAGCUGCAGACUGUUCCCAGUAAAACUCACAGAAGAACGCUGAAACGCGUUAUCUCGUACUCCUCUCUGAUACAACAGUGAUUAGGAUAAGUGUGACUUUAAUAAGCAGCAAAAUAGCAUAUUUUCUGAUGUACAGCUUCAGUAUCAGGCACAGAGAAAAUUUUAAAUGGGGGGAAAAAAAAUAUGGAAAUUCAUGAACAUCUCUAUUGAUUAUUUACUGACACAUAUCAUUGCUAGGGUUCUGUAACUGACAUACUAAAAGAAAAAGAAUGCUGUCUAACACACAAAAAAAAACAAAAAAGUAUACUAUGAUUGAAUAUUAAUUUCAUAUUUUGCAUCAUGCUUGCGCUGUUUCAAUUUCGAAUUGGCAGUACAGGGUAUUUGGUUCUGUAAAAUAGAUUAAAACACACAAGCUAGGUGAAUAUUGGCUGUCAUAUUCUCGUAAUGAUCAAAUCUUUUGGAGAAACGUUAGGUGCCAUUGACUAGUCCAGUAACUCAAUUGCUAGAACAGUAAAGCUGAAAUGCUGUUAGUUACAGCACAGCAGUAUAAUGAUCGUGUGUUUGUGUGUGUGUGUGUGUGUGUGUUGGUCGGUCGGUGCUGUACUUUUUGGUCCAACUCGCAAGAAUUAAAAUAUAAACUCUCACAAGAAGAAGAAGAACCUGCUGGAUGUGCACAAACGAAACUAAACAGACUGAUCUGUUUUAAAUAUAUGAUCUAAUCUGCUUCAAACACUGUUUCUGUGAAUAAGAUGCUGUAUGAAUGAUUAAAGAAAAUAAAGUCUG